AUGUUAGUUGACUUGAACGUCCCGUGGCCCCAGAAGGAUUUCAAUUCCCCUCCUUCCUCAAAAGACAUUAAAUUACUUCAGAACACAUUAGCGACGCUACAUACCCUAGGAUAUACACAUGUGGCGAUUAACUUUACCGUGAAUCAACAAGACAAGUUUCCAUCUACUCUAAAAGAGAUGAAUCCCAUUAAUCUAACAUUAUUUGAUGAGUUUGUAAAAUCAACGGGAAUAAAACUUUACUCCAGAAUCACUAUUAUAAUCGAUGAUCUAUCAAAGGGACAACCAUUGACUAAAAUUUGUCAAGCAUAUGACAUAGUUGCAGCACUUCCGAUAAGUGAGAAGGCGGUGACCCUCGCUGCAUCAAAUCUUGAUAUCGAUAUACUCUCUUUCUCUUACGACAAAAGACUUCCAACUCUCUUAAAGCACCAUACAAUGGGUGGUUGUAUCAAAAGAGGAGUAAAGGUAGAAAUAGUGUAUGCCAAUGCUCUAAGGGACAUAAGGACUCGUAAGCAAUUUGUGUCAAAUGUCAAGAGUGUUAUUAGAACAUGUAGGAACAGGGGUAUUGUCAUUAGCAGUGGUGCAACAACUCCACUAGAGUGCCGUAACGUCAUCAGUGUAGCCAGUCUACUCAACUUCAUUGGACUACCGAAUGACAAAUGCGGAAAAGCUAUGGGAGAGCUUGCUAGUUUGGUACUUCUAAAUGGAAGAUUAAGGAACAAGAGUUACAAACAGGUCGUUUGUAUCGGUAAUGAAGAUGUGGUGAAUGAAGAUCUAUCGGAACAUGGCUCCUACAAAAUUGUUAAGAGAAAACUUUCUGAAAAAACAGAUCCGGCUAGCAACAAAAGGGUCAAAGACUGA